AAACUCUCAUCAUAAUAUAUCUCCCAAUCCGAACAACAACAAAAAAAGCCCAGUAAUAAAGGCACAGUUAAUCUCAGCCGUCGGAUCAUCAUUCGUCUCACAGAUCUUCUUCGUCUUCUCGAAAAGCCCUUCCCCUCUUGGCUCACCUCGCCGGCGAGCCCUUCCCUCGAUUGUAUGACGAUGAGGACUAGUAUUAUCAGCAAUCAAGCUUUACAUUCUCAGAAUUAGCAAUUGUAUCAAUCGUAGUAGUAAGCUUCUUCUUCGUUUUACUUGUCAUCUGUAAAUGGGCUGUUUACAUUCCACGGCUGCGAGAGAAUAUCCUGGACAUGAGAACCCUGUCAAGCUAGCCUCAGAGACAGCUUUUAGUGUGAGUGAAGUUGAGGCAUUGUACGAGUUAUUCAAGAGCAUAAGCAGCUCCGUUGUUGAUGAUGGCUUGAUUAACAAGGAAGAGUUUCAACUUGCUUUGUUCAAGAACAGAAAGAAGGAAAAUUUGUUUGCCAAUAGGAUAUUUGAUUUGUUUGAUGUUAAACGAAAAGGAGUCAUUGAUUUUGGAGACUUUGUGAGAUCACUCAAUGUUUUCCACCCGAAUGCUUCUCUAGAAGAGAAAACAGACUUCACGUUUAGGCUUUACGACAUGGACUGCACGGGCUACAUUGAGCGCCAAGAGGUGAAGCAAAUGUUGAUUGCCCUUCUCUGCGAAUCUGAAAUGAAACUAGCUGAUGAUACCAUAGAAGCGAUACUCGAUCAGACAUUUGAGGAUGCAGAUGUGGAUCGGGAUGGGAAGAUUGGUAAGACAGAAUGGAGCGACUUCGUAAUCAAGAACCCGUCUUUGCUUAAAAUAAUGACUCUUCCAUACCUGAGGGACAUAACGACCACGUUUCCAAGUUUUGUCUUUAACUCGGAGGUUGAUGAGAUUGCGACGUGACCAAACAAGUUGGUCUAUAGAGAGACCAAGUUGUAGGCUGGACCGAGAACAAGACCGAUUGUUACAGUGUUUAUGUAGUACCAUUCUCUUGUACUUUUUCGUUUCUGGUUUUCAAUUUCAGUGUCACUUACAGCAUCUUGAUAUAUUAAGUUGCAGUUCUACGAAAAAAUCAAUACCAAAUCUCAUUUCUGAUUAAAGAUUUGAAAGUAUAUUUGAUC